AUGGUAGUCCCCCCCCAUACGACACGAAUUGUGCAACAUCUUCCAGAUCUGAAUCAUGCACCAGAGCCGGAGCCACAGCAGGAGCCAGAGCCGGAACUACACUCUGGAGGUAGUUCUUAUCAUCCAGAUUUAGGGGGCGAUGACUAUUUCUCGGGCUCCUCAGGCCACGGAUAUCAUUCAGAGUUUGAUAUCUUCAGCCCACUACCACCUCAGUACUCCAGUCAUCCAUGUUCAUAUUUAUCUCAGUACUCUACUCCUUCCGGCCCGUAUCCACCUAUGUACUCAACUCCUCCAGAGCCGUAUCAACCGCCGUACUCUACUCCUCCCGGCCUAUAUUCACCUCCAUAUUCUACUCCUCUCGGCUCAAGUUCAUCGAUGGCGUUUGAGACAUAUGAUUUUUCGUCUAUGUUUCACACACCCCCACAUACAAAUGAAUAG